UGUUUCCAUAUUCUGAUUCUCUGAAACACAAUGCUCCGACUCGACCGCAAGAAGACAUUCCGCCCCAAGAAGAAGUUCGACAAGGGCUCGCUGCGCUACGACCUGUACAAGAAGGCCAAGGCAUCGCUCGGCACGGGCGAAUCGCUCAAGGUUGCAGUCCAGCUGCCCCCCACAGAGAAUCUCAACGAGUGGCUCGCCGUCCAUGUCGUCGACUUUUUCAACCGCGUCAAUCUGAUCUACGGCACCAUUGGCGAUCAAUGCGACUGCCCAACCAUGAGCGCUGGACGACAGUAUGAAUACAGCUGGGCCGAUGGCAAGGACUACAAGACUCCGACAUCGCUUCCUGCCGCUCAAUACGUGGCGCUCUUGAUGGAGUGGAUUGAGCAGCAGAUCAACGACGAGGCCAUCUUCCCAUCGAAGAUUGAUACACCCUUCCCAAAGACCUUCCAACAAGUCUGCAAGAACAUUUUCAAGCGCCUCUUCCGCGUAUUUGCACACGUCUACUACCACCAUUUCGAGACUGUGCAAGCGAUUGGCGCCGAGGCACACGUCAACACCUGCUUUAAGCACUUUUACUACUUUGUCAAGGAGUUUUCGCUGAUUGAGCCCAAGGAGCUCGAGCCGCUUAAACAAUUGGCAGACUCGAUUUGCUAAACAAAAGUACAGUUGUCAUGGCGCAGGCGGGGUCAAGCGACCUCGCCAAAGCCAGGGGGGCUUUGUUGCUAAUUGCUAGUGGGCGCCUUUCUGCUUGAAUAAUUGUUCUGUUGCCGCGUUGUUGUUUGCUUGGUGUGUUGAUUCUGUUGAGCAAUUGGGCAAAAAACAAAUACAGCUUUUGCCGA